CCGAUUCCUCAGUGAGACCUGUGGGGGCUAAAGCAGAGUGGUAACGUUGGGCAGAGCAUACUGUGCAGCCAUUGGGCAAACUCAAUAAUCUUCAUUGGGCAAGGGGAACUAGUGGGGGAGCUGAAUCCAUCAGGGAAUGAGCUACUCUGAUUGGACAAAGAGCUGACAGGAGGUGUGACCUGUUGUUGACUGGCCAACAAUAUUCCAGAACCAUGGAAAUCCUCUCCAUCCUGACUUUGUUCUUCAUCUUCCUGCUCACCCUCCUCUUCCUCUCCUCCCUGUGGAGACAACAGAAGAGAAGUCACGUCCUACCCCCGGGCCCAACCCCAGUCCCACUGCUGGGCACCCCCAACUAUUUAUACCGAGAUGGGAUUCUCAGAUAUUACCCCGAGUUUCACAAGAAAUACGGCGCAAUGUUCACCCUCUGGCAAAUGACAGACCCCGUUGUGGUUCUCUGUGGUUACGAGACAGUGAAAGACGCUCUGAUCAACCACACGGAGCAGUUCAGUGACCGCCCGCUGUAUCCGGCACUAGACAGUUACACCAAAGGAUUCAAUUUUCUCAGUUCCAACAACCACUGGCGCCUGUUCCGGAGAUUCAUCCUGAUGACCCUGAGGAACGUCGGGUUGGGGAAGAGGUCCCUGGAGGAGAAAAGUCUGAAGGAGGCCGAGCUGCUUGUUGAGGCCGUGUCUGAGAUGGGAGCAAAGUCUUUCAACCCAACCCAACUGCUAAGUUCUGCUGUAACCAACGCCAUCGGCACCAUCCUGUUUGGGCAACGUUUGGACUACAAGGACCAGAAACUCCUGGAUCUGAUUAGCCACAUAAGGAAGCACUCUGACAAUAUCUUCUCUGCCAAACAGCAGAUCUGCAACAUGUUUCCCGUUCUGCUAAAGUUGCCCUACCUGGGGCAAAUAAUUAUGAAGAACAGCCUGUGCCUAGUGGCCUAUGUGAGAGAGCAGCUGGAUUUCCACAAGGAGACUCUUGAUCUCUUUGCCCCCCCGAGGGACUUCAUUGACCAUUUUCUGCUGAAGAUAAAGGAGGAGAAGGGCAAUAAGGAUUCCAAGUUCUGUGACACGAGCCUCAUCAUGUUUAUCUCCAGCAUAUUGGCCGCCGGGUCUGACAGCACCACCGCCACCCUCAAGUACUGCCUGGCGAUCAUUGCGCGUUUUCCCCAUAUUCAGGCCAAAGUACAACGAGAGAUCGAUGAUGUGACGGGGUCCCAGCGCCCCCCAGGGAUGAGUGACCGCGCCCGGAUGCCCUACACCAACGCCGUCAUUCAUGAACUGCAGAGGCACCUGGAUCUGGCGCCUGCAGGGUUCUAUCGUUCUCUGACCCAAGACAUAGCGUUUCGUGGCUACACCCUGCCCAAGGGCACCCGGAUCCUCCCGUACCUCUCCUCUGUGCUGUUCGACCCCUCCCAGUGGGAGACCCCCGAUGAGUUCAACCCGGGGCAUUUUCUGGAUGAGAAGGGACAGUUCCGGGCAAAGCCGGCUUUCAUGGUAUUUUCGGCGGGGAAGCGCGAGUGCCUGGGGGUGAGUUUGGCCCGGAUGGAGAUUUUCCUCUUCUUCUCCGCUCUCCUCCAGAAAUUCUCCCUCUGCCCAACGACUGGGGCCCAAAUGGACAUGAAAUCUCUGCGCUUCAACAAGAGAACGAUCAUCCAGUCCUGGGAGAUCUGCGCCAUCCCUCGCUCCUCCCACACCGACUGAUUGGCUGAUAAUUUAAUGGUCAUGUUACCCUUUAAUUCGAUCAAUAGGAAAAUCAAUGUACCACCUAUUAUGUGCUGUACGUAUAAUUAUAUGUAUCGUGGGUAACAGGGGUGCCAUUGGGUGGGAGUCAGGUCUCCUCCGGGUCUGUUAUGGGCUGGCUCCUGCUACAUUGUGUCUGAGUCAGAACCAACAGUGCACUCUAUAGCCAAGUGCCAACUUUAUUGGUAUGACCCAUGUGAGGGCCACACGUGAUCUGUUUCUAAGGCCAGAGAUCUGUGGGUGAAGCAGCAGGAAUCCUGGGAAGGGAAGUUUCACUGCUACUUUAAUUAUUUGUGCCAAUUUGGGUCCCUAAGUCACUGACCCCCUGUAUUAAUGGCUAAUCAGUCUCACAUCAACAAAACCUUAUUGUACAAAAUGUUCUGAUCAAAGGGUCACAGAAUGACCUGAGAAAGGAAUGCUGGGUAAUGUAUAACAAAUAUUGUGCCCUGCGUGUCCCUUCUUAAUGGCACUUUGUCUAAUUAAAAUGUUCUGAACGAUCGGAAA